CGAAAACUAAAAAGCACAUGUCAUUGUUUAGCAGCAGUAAAGCCGUAGGGUUGCUAUUAUUUGAAAACUGAAAGGUAUGACAUGGGUCGAAAGACAUUUUGUAAGCUGACCACAACUGGUAAUAAACGGUAUUAUCUUCUGGCAGAUAUAGAGGAAGAUGGGAAGGAAGGGAUACACUUGACUUUAUCUGAUGGCGAAUCUGCAUGGAGCAGAGAAUUAACUGGGGACGACCUCGAAGAUCUCAGUAAAAAACUGAAAAUGAAGUUCUCAGAUUUUGUCUCAGAAACUGUCAAAGCAUUGACAAGAGAAAAUGUAGGAAACAUGAACUUCUUGUACGAGGUGAAAACCUGGAAGGAUGACGAAAUGGAGUUGAAAUGGAAAAAACAUAUGGCCAUGGAUGAUAUUAAGUUCCAGCUUGGGAGAGUGGUGUUACAACCUGUGUCUGAUGCCUCUGUCUUUACCAGAGAUGUGUUUAGUUUCUGUAUUGAUAACAUGGUGGAUUUAAAAAACAAAAUCAGCAGUCUGGAAACUGAUAAUCAGAGGUUAUCACAAGAAAGGAGCCAAGCACUGAAGAGACUUGACAAAUGUGUGGCAGCUAAGGAAGAAAUAGAGAAAGAACUUUACUCAAAGUUUGUUGCGGUGUUGAAUAGUAAGAAAGAAAAGAUCCAAGAAUUAAGAAAAGAGACAUUUUGGUGUAUUUCAGUUGAAGAAGGAAGCAGAUCAAAUGGGGCAUCAGUUACAGAUUCUCCGCCAAAGGCCAGCACAUCCAAACAAACAGCAACGGGAGGUGGAGAAAGUCCAGCACAUAGCCUCCAGGACAGAAGUAAUGAAGACACAACAGAUGAUGAGAAGACUCCUCCCACAAAGAGAAGAAGAGGUGGGGCUAGUGUCAGAAGGAUCGAGAGCGACUCCUCCCUGGUGUUGGAUGAUGGGGAUGACAUAGAGUCUACAGCAGCAUCCAGACGUCCCAGACGACAGGCAAGUGGUGGAAGGAAGCAGACGCCAUCCAAGCCAGUUCUCCCUAGGGUCAGGUCAGGGGGCAGGGGAGAGGCCACAGACAGACGCUCCAGCAUGCGAAAGUCAGGUUCAGGAGCCUCAAACAAGUCUGCAGCAGAAGUUGUAGAUGCAGAUGAUCUAUUGGACGAUUUGUGAUAAUGUGAUUUGUUCACUUUAUAAUACAUCUGGGAAAAAACAAUAUUUUAUGGACAACAUGAGGAACAUAUAUUAUAUGAGAAAUCAUGACUCACCAAGACAGCAGUUUUUCCUGUUUAAUGUGACUGAUUUACUUCUGACAUAGCUAAAUGUACCUUCAUAGUGUUAAUGAGUGAAUGUUUGUGGUUUAACCUCAUACUUAACAAUUUUUCAGUCAGAUGACAAUGAAAGAAUCCUUAGAGUGCCUCCUUGUUGUAACCCAUACCUGUACGUGUAACUCAUACCUGUACAUGUAUGUUCUGUUGUAACCUUGUUCAAAAUUUAGUGUCCAGAUUCAUUAUUUAUUCCUAUUCAUGUAUUGUUACUUCGAGACAAUAACAUUUUAUGAAAGUGCAUAUAAAUCCGUUAUGUAUGAUACUGUUAUUGAGUAGUCACUGAGGUUGGUUUUAUGCAUAUUUUCUGCCAACACUUGAUAAUCUCUAGAAUUCUACCUCUAUGGUAAAAGCUGCCAGAAGCAUCUCAAAUUUCUCCAGGAAUUGGGUCAUUGUUGACACACAUAUUAGGUCAGUGAAGAACCCUGGGGGGAGUUUUUUCAAAUUUCCAUAUUUGGAGCUCAAGAAGGAUUCUGCAGCGAGAAAAUACAUAACACAGUUUGUCUAGUUGUGGAGGUUGGCAAAGUCAGUAUAAAAUCUGUUGUUAUACUAGAAUUAAUUUGUGGUGUCGCCUUUGUCUGGAGCCCUUCUCAUAUGAUUUUUAAAAGACAACACAAGACCAAAUAUAUAGUGUCGAUGAAGUAUUCGACAUUAAGUUUAAAUACCAUUUGCGUAAGCGAGGUGUGACAGUUGUUCGUGCACAUUGAGAAUUUGGAAAGCACAGCUAUGUUAUCAAUUUUAACCAGUCAAGCGUAAAUUAUUAUGUUUUCAUUAAUAUCGCACAGACAAUGUUUUGUGUGUAGGGUACAAGUGACCUAAUAGCGUCAUUCCGGUUUCUCUAACAUGGAGUAUCCCAUGGCUCUGUAAGAAUUCCAGAUAGCAAUUUGAUUUAUAGUAACUAAGCACAUAAGAAAUAAUUGGCUGUAGCAUUUUAUGUCUGGUUCAGAAAUAACAAUGGUUAUAUUAUCUAUUGUCUUGUCUUUUAAUCAGGUUCCAUUCUCUCUAAGUAGGUCAAAUACCUAAAUCUGGACACUAAUUCAUAAACAAGAAAUACAAUGUAACUGUCAGCAAAGAUGAUUGAAAUGUUAUCUUAAGACACUGUAUUUCCAAUUUUCCCUGUAUAGGUGAAUGUAACCCAUAUUUAUAAAUCCAUCAUUUGUAGCUUUCAUGCAUACCUACUGUCUAUUUCACAUUUUUUCUUUUCACAUCUUUUUCUCCAUGACUUUAAAAUCUUGCAUUUAAAAGUAUUGAGUACAUCGUAAAACCCCAAACAUACAAAU